GUUCGACUUUUCAAUUGCGUCAGAAUAUUUAAGGAUAGAGGAGUAUUCCUCAAGGCCGUUACAACGUUGAUCGUGAAGAAAAUGUUGAACGUGACGAAGAAAUUAUUGUGCUUACUUCUAUCAUGCAUUUUAUGUUUACAGACUGGCAAUGCAUUGAAUGUUGAUGUUUCUCAGCUGACAGCAAAAAUCGAAGAUUUGAUGAUCAAAAACCUUGGCGUCCAGUUCAUGAAGGACAUAUACAGCAAACAUGAUUAUGAUGUUACUGAACUUCAAGGAAGGAUUUUACUAAAUGCUUUGAAAGAUUCCUUGACUGCUAAACUAACGAAAGUUCGAGAAAUUUUACUGGAUUGGAAGAAGGUGAUUGAGGAGGAUUAUGUGAGAACUACUGCUCCAAUUGGAGAUGAUCGAGACUUGGUGCUUUGUUGUAAAUAUGCACGUGGGUUGAAAUUUAACUACCAAUUUGAAAGACAGGUUGAUAUGACUGGCGAUUGUGAGCUUACCAGUUUUAACAAAGAUGUGAAAAGUAGGGCGUUCAGACGGCUAAAUUAUAGAAAUGCCAAAGACUUCACAGUUCAGGCCUACAAACGCCUCGAAAACAAAGGAUUGUACAUAUACUAUGGGCAAAAAGAUGGUUAUUACCUACAGUUUCCAGGUAUGGAUGGUGGCAGCCAAGAAUCAUGCUAUAACUUCGAUCCAAGAACAAGACCCUGGUAUGUUUCAGCAGCGACGCAGAAAACAAAAGAUGUGGUUCUCCUGAUAGAUGUCAGCAAAAACAUUGACAAAGCUCUGUUCAAAGAGCUUGUUGAAACAUUCCUCAAAACACUUGAUCCACGAGAUAAGGUUGCUGUGAUGCCUUUUGCGGAGAGGCUCUUUUUGCACCCUGAUCACUGCUUCAAUUCUCAACUUGUUAGUGCAUCACCAGCAAAUCGGCUGGCAAUCACAACAUUUGCGAUGAAAGCGAUCGAUGAUUCAUCGACGCUAAAUACAGAUCACAAUAUAGCCACUUAUGCAACUGCAUUUCAAGAGGCAUUUAAACAAUUCUCAAACAGCAGUGAAAACGAAGAGAAAGUAAUAUUUUUGGUCACAUCAGGGAUUUAUAGCGAUCAAGAGGCCGAUGUAAUGCGAACUAUCAUACAAGGAAACAAAAAAUUUUCAUUCAAGAUUGUCCUAAGUGUUUUCGCUAUUCAUCCUGGCUUGAAUGACAAGAAAAGAAAAUUUCAUCAAGACAUUGUUGAUCAAAGAUGUUCGGUAUAUCUAACGACUGAAUGUACCAACAUACAGCCAACACCUACAAAAGGAAAAUUUGUCCACGUGACAAACCAAGCGGAAAUGCGUAAUAACAUUGGAACCUUGUACGAUUUUCUGACCGAAGAUAAAGAUAAAGUCAAGGUCCGGUACUCGUUUCCGUACAUGGAUUUCUUUGGAACUGGUGUCUUGAUAGCCGUUUCAGUACCUACCUACAAAGGAACGGAGUUACAGGGUGUCGCAAGCAUAGAUCUUGUUGUCUCCGAGCUUCUGAGCGAUGUUGAAUACUUCAAAGAGGGCCAUAAUGCGUACAGAUUCCUAAUUGGACGAUCAGGCCUUGUCUACCAGCAUCCGCUGUUGCCGAAGCCAGUUCUAGCGUUUGAACCAACAGUUCCUGUAGAUAUUUCUCUAUUUGAAAGGCAAAGUGAGUUUGCAAGUGUUCGUACCUCAAUGAUAAGUGGUGGAUCAGAUAGCAGGGCAAUGCUUGCAAAUAGAUCUGUUUCACGCGGAGAUAGUUCCUUAGAAGGAGCAACAGCUGUUACUACAAAUUACACAUACUAUUGGGUGACGGUACCUCUAACUAACUUUUCAUUGGCUGUUGUCAUAGAGACGUCAAAUGCCAAUCAAUAUGAGCUCAGAAGCGUUACUAAUCUUACCCGCCCGAUGGUGUACCACAGACUGGAUCGAAUAGGAAGGCCAGAUACUUAUAAAUUUUGCCGUUUUACUAAAUAUUUAACUUUAGAAGAAUCAGUGGUGAAACUGCCGGCUGAUGCUUUUGGAAGUCCAGCCAAAUAUUACGUGGAAGAAACAGCUAAAAUCGUGCAAGAUAUCAUGAAGUACUUCUCUUCAAAUGAUAAAACCCCGCCAAAUCUGCUGCAGUCUCACAGUGUGGCUCGUGGAUUGCGAAAAAGCGUUCAAAUAACAAGUGAUCUUGAUGAAUUCUGGAAGAAAUCCCAUUCUCAAUACAUUGUAUGGAGGUAUAUUGCAACGGAAAAUGGUGUCUUUAAAUCAUAUCCGGGAACCGAGUUGCAUCCUCUGUAUGAUCCUCGGAGUAGACCAUGGUACCAGAGGUCCUUGAUCUACCCAGACACUACCGUCAUUUCUACGCCGUAUUUUGAUGAUUCAGUUCAGUCAAUGAUUGUUACGUUCAGUCACUUAAUACAGAGGGACACUGGUAAUUCACGGGAGACCCUAGCUAUCAUGGCUCUUGAUUAUUCAAUGAACAAUCUAAAGAAUUUGGUUUUGAACAAUGUUAACGAGUGUCGAAACAGAGCAUCUUCCCAUGUUUGCCUAUUAGUUGAUAAGAGUGGACUGGUAGUGUUUCAUCCUGAUUUUGAAACUUCUUACACAAAGUCCAAGAUCGAAGGCCAACACAUAACAGCACUGGCUCCUGGUGUUGCUUCAGAUCUGAUAAAAGACAAGCACCUUCAUAUGGAAUCCUGCAUUGGUAUUUACAAAACCAACAAAACAUCAGACAUAGCUGAGCCACACAUUCAAUAUUUUUACAUGUUAGAUGCUAACAGAACCGUAGCCAAGGAGCCAAAUGCUCUCCAACAAUGUCCAGAGUAUUCUUUGGUGCCGCUACCUAAAACUAAUUCAUACCUGUUAAUUGUUCGCAAACGCUGCCUUAACACUGCUUCGUGUACCUGUCCAAAGAACGGAAAGUGUUCCAUACCUUUGGCUAAUUUCCCAUGCCACUGCCCUUGCAAGCAUUUCCUUACUUGUGACGAAUACCUGCAGCAGGUAUCAACAACGCUUGUCUGUCCGCCGCCCCCAUUUAACUUGCUGCUACCAAUAAAAACAAAAGAAGAGGAAGAGAAAGAACGCAAGGAAGCUAUGACGUAUUCAAGAUGCAAUGAUCCAAAAUGCAAAUCAGUAAAGACAAGGACCCAAUGUACUGCAAUUGGUUGUCAAUGGUGCUCUUUUAAUUCAAAUGGUGGAGCAAUGCCCCAGGGUGAGCAGUUCUGCAGUUACAGUGAUGAAUGUCCCCUUGGAAGAAAGAUAUUUAGCAAAAGUACAUCUGGUGGAAAGAAAAGUGAUACAAAUAUACUGGCCAUCGUUCUGCCAAUUGUCUUGGUAAUUGUUUUUGUUUCGCUUGUCGUCGCGAUUGUAAUUCUUUAUCGCAAGGGACGAUUGCCUCUAAAGCAUGGUUUUAAGGAUAGAGGAGUUCAAGAGAGACAAAAUGCGAGUUACGAAACAAGCGUAGAGAUGAACUUUUCGAAGCAAGAGCGAAACGAAGUGGCCCUGUAACUGCCAUAGCAACAAAAUAUUCAAAGUUAUAGCAGCUUGCUCCAGAGACAUCUGUAGUUGGAUCAGGAGGUUUACGAACAAGAGAGAUAAAGACAAGGUUAGACAAUCUAGGCCGCUUUCUUUUUCACCGUCCCACCUUCGAUACAACGUCCCACCUCUUGUAUCAUACAUUUAAUUUCAUGCCAUGUCCCAAAACUGUCAUACCAGUGUCACUGUCAUUAUCAGGGGCGUCACCAAACGGGGGAGGGGGGUACAGGGGGUGCUGUGCUCCCCCCAAUACUUUGCCCGUCGACUCAUAAAGCGUUUUUGUCGGAAGUUUUUUCUCGCGCCGUAGUUGAAUAUUACCUUUUUGCAACCAACUUUGCUUAUAAACACUUCUGUAGUUGCUGAACCUUCAAAGAAAGGUACUAAAAUACUUUAAAUUGAAGUUUUCGAAUACUUAAAUAAAACAACACAUUACAGCAGAAUAUAAAAUUAUUUAUCUUGUGACUUCAUACCCUUUAAGAGAUAGACAUGCCCCUUUUGUCGUCAAAAUAAUUUCAAUACCCAUCCGAAAAAAAUUUUGGCUUCGCUCCUGGUCAUUAUGAUGCUGAAAAUGUUGAAUUUGAUUGAAAUUGAUUUAGAAUUAUGUUUUUCGAUUUAAUCGUAGCAACACUUUUCAUCUUAUUUUUUCGUUAUCACAAUCUCAGAUCAAUAGCGUAUCGUAAAGCAAAGAUUGUUAAUAGACAACAUUUUGCGAAAGAGUUCCUUCAAAAUGUUUUUUACAUCUGCUUUUUGCUUGACCUAUGACAUAACAUAGAUUUGCUUGCUUUUUAAUCAAUAUUUUGAAUGCAACUUUUACAUCAGGUGCAAGCAAGGUUACGUUGUAUUCACCUCUGGGCCCACUUUUAUCCUAGCAAUUGUAGUUUUGCAAAUAAUUUGAAUAAUUUUAAAGUUUUGAUAUUUAUCGAUAAAAUGUGCAAAUAGCAACGUUACUUUCCUUUUUUUGACUACCCGGUUAGCAGGCACCAAAGAGCGUCGAGAAAAGUGGGAAGGGGCUAAAGAUUCAAAAUUGAAAAGCUCCUAAGAGACUAUGUGUUUAGCAGUCUAAGUUAUUUAACAUUUUCGGUCAUGUACAUGUGUCUUCCAAUUUUUGAAAGUUUUGAGGUCUACCUGUAAGUACCUUCUACAGAGCUGAGAGAUUUUAGUAAAUGCAAAAGUCUCUGCAUUUUUUUAAUUCGCUUGCCCCUUAACUGUCUCCAUACUACCUACCAUAGAUUGCUUAGUGGUGGCAUGACCCACUGCACACUUUAUAUUUUUUCGCUCUGAAGAACACCCCCUCAUCCCCUUUCCCCUUACCCAACCCCCCCCCAUAUGACAUGGCAUAUAAACGGCCCUGAUGACUACCAAACAUUUUUACCGAAUCAAGGCAAAAUUUACCGAAGAACACAGAAAAUAUAGGUGUCAAACCCCACAAAGCCCCCGGCAAAUACGCCCCUCGUUAUACCUACUUUUCUUAUUAUUGAAUCAUACAGUGGGUGACACCUGUUGGCAAAAAGGACACCUCCAUGAACUACAAAUAGGCACUUUAUAUAUAUAUAUAU